AUAACCUAUUCCACAAUGCCCAUUAAGAUUUGUAAUAAUACCUAAUGGCCAGGCAGCUUUGCAUAUUUAAAAGACACUGUGACUCAAUGUGGUUAAAGGUUUUAAGGUCAAAAUCUUGUCGUUAAGUAACUUUCCUAACCUUGAAUGAUCAGUUUUUUAUCAUUUUGCCGCAUCCGAAUCAGACCCGUUUAUUGUGUUUUUGUUUUUGUUAGAUAUAUUAUAAAUUCACAUGAUUUUAUACCAUUACAAUUAAGUAUCCACCAUUCAUCUCAUUAAUAUUGCAGGUGUUUUUAAUUUAUACAAAUUGAUUCAAUGUGAGUCGCUAAAGGCCAGUUCAGGUUUUAUCGUUCCGAUACUUAUAUGUUGUACUUUUCUCUUUAAGAUUUAUUAAGUAUUUGUUGAUACUGCUAUUAAAUAAUAUCAGGUUCAAAUUCGAUUUGUUAUAAUUGAGCUCAAAACUAAUAUUAGACUCUAAAAAGUCUUGUUCUUGUCUUGACCCUAAAACUUUACAAAUAUUUUUACCGAAAAAGAUUAAAUUUGCAUAUUCCGUCCCAAAAAUAUUUUUAAAGGAAAGGUAACCUUUGUUAUUUCUUUAUUUUAUUACUUUAUUUCAUCAUUAGGCAAUACCACAAAGCUUAAAAUUUCGCCAUAAAAUUUUAUCGACUAAACUAAAAAUAUUUAAUGUGCGCUGCACUACGGUUACAGAAAAAAAAGUAAUGUCAAAUGUAAAUUUGCAAAAUAAGCGCGGCAUUUUGGAAAAAUGGCUAGUGAAGCAGUUUUAAAAUAUUUAGUAGACUCAAAUCGUCCAUACUCAUGCGCGGACGUAACAGUGAAUUUGCGUGGAGCAUAUACUAAGACUGUAGUUCAAAAAACUUUGGACGCUUUGAGUGAAGCUGGUAAAAUUAAGUGUAAACUGUACGGAAAACAAAAAGUUUAUGCUGCUAUACAAGUAGAUAGUGUAGCAGACGAAGGUGAUGUAGAAGACUACGACAGCAAGCUUAAAAGUCUUAAUAAAGACUUGGCUGACAAAACAAAUACUUUGAAGGAGGUGGAAAUAAAACUCAAAACUUUAACUUCUACACCAACAACUGAGACAGCAAAAUCAAAAAUAGAAGAAAUUAAAAAAAGAACUGAGUGUCUAGUUAAAAAGUUGGAUACACUAAGAAACUCCACAGAGGUUGUAAGUGUAGAAGAGAAAAAAGAAAUUCUGAAUGGACAUGCUAAAAUACUAAGAGAAUUUAGAAAACGCAAAAGAAUCUGCAAUGAUAUGAUAGAUGCAGUUUUGGAAGGUUACCCAAAGUCUAAGAAAACUUUACUAGAAGAACUCUGUGUUGAAACUGAUGAAAUGGUUAACUUUAAGCUAAUGACAAAUACAUAACUAAAAACCAUAUAUGUUUUAAUAAAUUUGAUUAUUGUAUGUAGCUGUUUCUGCAAUAUUAAAUGACAUGAUGUUGCUUUGAAUGAACUAAUAAGUGAAUAAUAAUAUCUACUUAAUUUGGUUUUAUUCUCAUUUCAUCCUUCAUAAGUUAGUCAUGGUAUGUAGGUAUCUAGUCAAUAUUAACUUAUUUUUUUAAAUAGUUAACAAUUUCAUGCGAAUUUAAACCUUAUUGU